UAUAACAGGGGGAACAAAGGAUAUGAUUCUAUGGUAGAAGGCAGAAAUUGACUGCGUGGACUCUGGCAGCACUGCUGAGCCAGCAGCUACUCGGGAGAGCAGCAGACAGCUUUGGGACCGGACCCUGCCAUCCAUCUUACUCAGGAAAAAGGAGCUUUCUAAACAAAUCCUGCCUUGGACAGGAGGAGAGAGGCACUCCCUGAGCCACUGGAUCCCUCCACAACUGUCAGCACCUCCUCCUGAGACAGAUGGCCAUGGCCAAAAAGAGGAUUGCAGUCAUCGGCAGUGGAUCUAGUGGACUGUGCACCAUUAAAUGCUGUUUGGAUGAUGGGCUAGAGCCCAUUUGCUUUGAGAGAAGUGAAGAUAUCGGGGGGCUCUGGAGGUUCAAGGAGAAUCCCGAAGAGGGCAGGGCCAGCAUCUACAAAUCUGUCAUCAUCAACACCUCCAAGGAGAUGAUGUGCUACAGUGACUUCCCCAUCCCGGCCGAUUUCCCCAACUACAUGCACAACUCCAAAAUCAUGAAGUAUUUCCGCAUGUACGCCGAGCACUUCGAUCUUCUGAAAUACAUCCGCUUCAAGACCACUGUGGUCAGUGUGACAAAGCGCCCGGAUUUCUCCUCCACGGGCCAGUGGGACGUUGUCACGGAGUCUGAGGGGAAGCAGGAGUUGGCUGUCUUCGAUGGGGUCAUGGUUUGCACCGGCCAUCACACCAACGCCCAUCUGCCACUGGACUCCUUCCCAGGGAUUGAAAAGUUCAAAGGCCGCUACUCUCACAGCAGGGAUUACAAGAACCCUCAGGCAUUCUCGGGGAAGAGAGUCAUAGUGAUCGGCAUUGGCAAUUCAGGAGGGGACCUGGCCGUGGAGCUCAGCCAUGAAGCUGAUCAGGUCUUCCUCAGCACCAGGCGUGGGGCAUGGGUGCUGAAUCGUGUUGCGGAGCAAGGGUACCCUGUGGACAUAGUCCUCUCCACCAGGUUUAAAGCCUUUUUCAAGCAGAUGUUGCCUACAUCCAUGGUUAACCAAUGGGCGGAGAACAUCGUAAAUGCAAGAUUCAACCACGCACACUAUGGUCUAAGGCCUCAGCACAGGAUUAUGAGCCAACACCCAACUAUCAACGAUGACCUGCCGAACCGCAUCAUCUCUGGCAAAGUGCUUGUGAAACCGAACAUCAGGGAGUUCACUGAAACUGGCGUCAUCUUCGAAGACGGCACCAGAGAGGAGGACAUUGAUGCAGUUUUCUUCGCUACGGGAUACAGCUUCUCUUUCCCCUUUCUCCAGGACUGUGUCAAAGUGGUCAAAAACCAGGUCUCCCUGUAUAAAUUCAUCUUCCCUCCUCACCUGGAGAAGCCAACUCUGGCUUUCAUUGGUCUCAUCCAGCCACUGGGGGCCAUCAUGCCCCUUGCAGAACUCCAGAGUCGCUUGGCCACACAGGUGUUCAAGGGGCAGAUCACGUUGCCCACAGCAAGCGACAUGGUGGCCGAUAUUACGCAGAAGAAAGACGAAAUGGAAAAACGGUAUGUAAAAAGCCCGCGCCACACUAUCCAAGUGGAUUAUGUCGAAUACAUGGAUGAACUUGCCUGCCUGGCAGGAGUCAAGCCCAACCUGCUGUCUCUCUUCCUCACGGAUCCAAAGCUUGCCAUGGAGGUUUUCUUUGGCCCCUGCACGCCAUACCAGUACCGCCUGAGAGGGCCAGGGAAAUGGGAUGGAGCCAAGAAAGCCAUCCUGACCCAGAGAGAACGGAUCAUUAAACCUCUGAAAACCAGGGCAGUAGGAGAUUAUCCCCACCACACCUCAAUGCCCUAUUUGUUUAAGAUAGUUGGUGCCAUUGCUCUCUUUGCUAUAAUUAUUGCUUAUUUUUAAAUUCUUAUUCUCUACAUGGUUACACAGGAAAAGGGGAUUAUGUAAAAUGUGAUUAUCUGGUUUCUGUUGGUUUCUAAUUUGCUCCCUGCAACUUUAUCACACACCCAGUGUAACCGUCCACUUCCACUCAUGUGUUGAGAAUUUCCUCCUCUCAACUAUUGUUGCUGAUUAUUUUGUCUGCUGUCACUGUCUGCUGUUGUGUUAGAGAUCUUUGGUUCCAUUAAAUAUUCCUUAGGCUGCUAGCUGGUAUGAUUAUAAAGACCACAGACAGGCACAGAUGUCAAUAGCUCAGGAAGUUUAAGUGGGGCCAUUGUGACAUGAGACAUAAUCAGUCACCACCCUUCCUCUAUAGGUAAUCUGUAUGCAGCAAUUCCAUUGUAUUGUAAUGUCUCAGCGGCAGGAAGGAGACUGCACAAAUAUGUCAAGAGUUCUCCGUGGUAGGCUACUGGGCCAAACUCUCACUGCUCUUUUACUGAUUGCUUGGCCUCUUGCUAGUUUGGGCACCAGUGCCUGAAAUGGCACUUCUGCCUUGGAUCUACUGCACAUUGAGGUGGUGCUGCUGGGGUACCUGAGGCAGGAGCACAGGGUAAGCCCUUAAACUGCAGAGACAUUGGGAUUGAGGGACUUAAUGAGUGGGUGAAAAUGUAAUGGAGUGUGGGGUUGAAUCCAGAACAGUGAGGGGUUGUGCCACCACUUGCCCUGUAACCCUGGGUCACAAUGCUUUGUUGUUGUAGCUCACAGCCUGGGAUGCUCACAGCCACCCGACAAGCAUGCAGGUCUCACCCUGUCUGUCUUGUGCUAGACAGCCCUGGUUCAGCAGCUCUGACCCCAGAAGCCUGUCUACAGUUCCUCUCCGGCUUCCACCAGCCUUUGUUACAACCAGCAAGGUGGCCCCAACACACUCCCAGUCCUGAAUUUCCCUAGCCCAGGUCCUCUGUAAUCUCCAGCCUUCUCCUGGACAGUUCAGAGAAAUUAGAAGGGCCAUUUCUUCCUCCAGAGAAACAAUUAACAGCCUCAUUAACUGGAGCUGAUAAUCACUUUAAUUCAAAUGCAGCACUGUAGGUUUCAAUUAAUACUAAGACCAGUUCACUAACAAAGGAAGAUAGGAAUUGAACUGAGUUCAAGUAUGAGAUAAAGUUAGAAAUGAUUACAAGCAAAUAAAAGUGAAAACAUCUCUAAAACUUAAUCUAGCAAGGUACAAUCUUUGCCUAAGCAGGUUUCUCACCUAUAUUCAAUUUCUGAGACUGCAGUCCCCCAUUGGAUGAAGGCCCCAUCUUUCUCAGCUUGUAAGAGCUCUGUUCUGUUGUGUCUGUCAAAUGAUGGCUGCCAAAGAUGGCUUCUGUCUUUGCUUGAAUCUUCCCAAAUUCAAUGACUUUGUUUCAAGAAGCAUGAUGACCUCAUGCUAUUCUUCCCUUUUCUGUGGGCUUCUGUCAUAAAUAUAAAGGGAAGGGUAAACACCUUUAAAUCC